AUGAUGCAUUUUUGCCGCUUCUAUUCACCGAUCAGCGAUGAUGCGUCCCGUGGGACCAACUCAAUCCGCCAAUUGGGGAUUUUCAUGGCUGCUGGCUGUCGGCGUGACUGUUCUCCUCGUAGUCGCCUUAGUGGGAGAUAUGCUCCCCCCGUGCGCUGCAGUCAACGCACAAGCAGCAGGGCGAAGGCCGGGGGCGAAGCAGUAUAUCGUGCAUUUAAGGAUUCGUUUAAUGAGGAUAUUCUGUCCGCUGCUGUUGCUGCUGCGGAGGCAGCAGUGGAGAUUGGCGGAGUGGUGGGACCAGCAGGGGAAGCAAGGGAAGCAGGGAAAUCAGGGGUAGCAGGCGUGGCAGGGUUAGCAGCAACAGCAGCAGCAGGUGGGGUCGGGGGGCGGUUAGGGAAAAAAGUGGGAAUUAGAGCAGUCGCGUUUAGAGAGGCAAGGAUGGAUGAUUUGGCGAGGCAGGUGGGUGUGCGGCUGAGGAAUUUCCGAUCGCGGUCGGCUGGUUUGGGCCGGAGGCUGCUGGCUCGCGUUGCUGCUGCUGCAGUGGCCGCUGCUGCCGAAGAGGCAGCAGGUGCUGAUGCUGACGGUGGUGAUGAUAGCGGUGAUGAUAAUGGUGAUGUUGCAGCUUUGGAUGAUUUCGAACUCCCUUUGACCAAUUCUUCUCAAUUUGCACCCAAUGCUGCUGCUGCCGCCCUCAGCUCCAUUCGUGGCAUGAGUUCAGCAUCAGCAUCCACGUCAGCAGCAGGGGGAGCCACGUCACCCGUGCUGACAGCGCAGCAGCUGAGCGUUAGAGCGGCGCACAUCAUGCGCACCACGCCCUGGGGCCGCCUCAUGCGCCCCGACGUGCGGUUACCGCACGUGCAGGCCUUCACGCGCUUCCUGGAAGCUUCCCACCGCAGCCUGCUGCGAUCGCUCAACAUUCCAGUCUCCUCCAUCUUCCACAGCUACUCGUACCUGAUGAACAGCUUCGCAGCUCAGCUCACUCCAGCAGAAGCCAAGAAAAUACGCUUGCACCCUGCAGUGGCCGAUGUGGAGCCGGACAGGAGAGUGCGCAUGACCACCGUGCACUCACCUGAGUUUCUCAAGAUGGACACAAGCCUGUGGCCGGCGGCUGGCGGGCAGAGCAGCGCAGGAGAGGGCAUGAUCAUCGGAGUGAUUGACUCGGGGAUCUGGCCUGAGCACCCCUCUUUCGCUGACCCGGACCCCAACGGAGCGGCAUAUGCAGCCAAGCCUACGCGGUGGCGGGGCGUGUGCACCAAGACUGGCGACUUCCAGGCAUGCAACAACAAGCUGAUAGGCGCGCGCUACUUUGUGAAGGGUGCCGAGUGGACGUUUGGCAAGCUGGACGAAACCGAAGAGUUCCGGUCGGCACGGGACAAAGUGCAGCACGGCACGUGGUGUGCGGGAGCGGCAGCUGGCAAUGCAGGGGUGACAGUGACGACUGGCGGUCGAAGCUACGGCACAGCAUCAGGCAUGGCGCCGCGGGCACGACUGUCAGUGUACAAGGCGCUGUGGACCAUUGGGGGGUACGAGGGCACUGGUGCAUCGUCGGAUCUCAUCGGUGCUGCUGAGAAGGCCGUUGCCGAUGGUGUGGAUGUCAUCUCGUGCUCGUGGGGGGGGCUUGCCAUGUACUUCCAAGACCUGCCGUACCUGCGAGGUCUGAAGGCGGGAGUGGUGACAGCCUUUGCAGCAGGCAACGAGGGCAAGCCCAAUCCCAGCAGCAUCUGGGGCACCCUCGGGAACGUCUCGCCCUUCUACCUCACCGUUGGAGCGAGCACAAUGGGGCGGGAGUACAGGGCAGUGCUGACCCUAGGGGAUGCAACCACCCUCAAUGGGCGCAGUCUGGGCGGCACUGCUGCCACAGGCUCCGCUCUACCUCUUAUUCUGGCUGAGUCUGCUCUUAGAUCCGGCGGGGAUAGGGCCAAGGCGCAGGAGUGCUACAGCGGGCACAUCAGCAGGACGGCGGUUUCUGGGAAGUUUCUCGUGUGCAUGCUGCUCACACGCAAGAUGGGGCUGCUACUAGCAGAUGCAGAUCUGCUGGGGCCGGCUGCUAUCCUCGUUAUAAGCGGGAAGCCCAAGAAGGACCUGCAGUAUCGCAUGCCCUACACCAAAACACCCAGCAUCUUCCUCCUGUCCUCGCGUGGCAGAACAGUCAAGAGCUACAUGCAGGCGGAGAGCAGCCCCACAGCCACUCUAUCCGCCUACACCGAGUCCUACUCCACCAACGCCCCCCAAGUCGCCUUCUUCUCCUCCACCGGGCCGCCGCGCAGCGCACUCUACCCGCCCGCGCUGCUAAUCCGCGACUUCCCCACUAACGACAUCCUUAAACCCGAUGUCAUGGGCCCAGGGUUCCAACUAUGGGCCGCGGCGCCGGGGAAGGCCGUCGCGACCGCCGCGACGGACGCGCCCGAGUUUAACUACUGGUCGGGAACGUCCAUGUCUACUCCGCAUUUGGCGGGAAUCAUGGCUUUGAUCGUGCAGGAGAAACCUAACUGGUCGCCCGCGCAGGUGAUAUCCGCAAUCACGACGACAGCCUAUACGAAGAAUAAAAACGGGCAGCCGAUUCAGCGGGCGGACGGGUCGAAGGCGAACGCAUGGGAUUACGGAGGUGGACACGUGAAUCCCACGCGCGUGCUCGAUCCAGGGCUUACGUUUCACAGUGCGCAGAAGCAGUUGGUGAAUUUUCUCAUGGGGAGGGACCCGCUCCGAGCGAAGAAGCGGUUUUGGAGAAUGGGUAAGGCCCGGCCGAUUUUCCCCUGGAGCAUCAACCGAGCCUCGAUCGCGGUAACCAGGUUACACGGCGUUAUGGUUGUGUAUCGGAAAGUGAAAAACGUCUACAAUUUACCGUCUAUUUAUGCUGCUAAGGUGGAUCCCCCACCUGGGUUUACAGUGAAAGUAUCCCCGAAGCAGAUGGUUAUUCCACCAGGGAAGUCCAAGCUGUUCAGGGUUACCAUUAUUAGGUUUCUCCCUCUAAACGAGUUUAGGUUUGGGACAAUUGUAUGGACGGAUCAACAUGGGCACUCUGUGCCUGUGCCUCUGGUAGUUAGUUCUCCCGUUUGGCCUUGA